CUCACUCGGACCAAAACCAAAAUAAAAGAUGGCGAUUCCUUCGCCCUCUGCCAGUGAUUUGUUUUGAUCCGUGCGUUGUAGUGCAUCGGUGGAAGAGCCAGAAAUUUUGUGCGAAUUUCCCCGACGAAACGGAACCCCGAACGCGUAAAAAUUGCGUCGAAGCAUGAACUAGCGCUUACCUGUUUGAGCCGCAGCAACAGCAAGCCGAAAAUGUCCCGCGCCAAGUCACGAAUCCAGGCGGAAAUCUGCGGCGAUUGUGGCAGCUCAGAUCCGUCAUGGGCUUCGGUCAACCGAGGCAUUCUGCUAUGCGCCGACUGCUGUUCGAUUCACCGCAGUCUUGGCCGGCACAUUUCCCAGGUGAAGUCGCUGCGCCAGGGAAGCUGGUCUCCAUCGGUGCUGGCCUUCGUCAACCAGCUCAACAGCCACGGCGCCAACAGCGUGUGGGAGCAUCUGCUGCUGGAUUCGGUAGCUCCCAAGAAUUUGAAGCGCAAACCGACGGCCAAGGAUCCGCUCCAUCCGACCAAGGCGGAUUUCAUCAGGGCCAAGCACGUCAACUUGUCGUACGUACUGAAGCCCACACUGGACGAUGGGGUGAGCAAUGCGGCCAACCUGGAGGCGGAAUUAAGCAAACAGCUUCACGCCAGCGUUCGCUCCGGUAAUCUGGAAACCAGCUUGAGGCUCUUGGUGCAGGGAGCUGAUCCGAACUUCUUUCACGACGAGAAAGGUUCCACGCCGCUGCAUGUUGCAGCCCGUUCGGGACAGCUGUCGCAAAUGGAACUGCUGUUGGUGUAUGGUGCAGAUGUCAAUGCUCUCGACUCGCAAGGGAACUCUGCGCUCAGUGUGGCCAAAAGCUGCAAACAAACGGCCAUUGCCGACCGGUUGAUAGAGGCUAUGUACGAAGUGACCGAUCGCUUGAGUUACUUCCUGAUGGGCAAGCGACCGGAUCACGCGUCCGGUCAACAUCUACUCAUCCCGGACCAAUCAAAGAAGGAAAUCAGCGAACAGUUGAAGAUUGCCCGGGGAAAGCUCCAGUUGAUUCCCAACCGUAUGUUCGAAGAGCUGGUGAUGGACCUGUACGACGAAGUGGACCGACGGGAGACGGAGGCUAUUUGGGCUACCAGUGCGCUCAAUCCGGAGAUAGGUGCCGUGCCGUUUCUUCCCACGAAUCCCCAUCUAAGUGCUACAAGAAAUCAGGGUCGCCAAAAAUUGGCUCGCUUCAGUCAGCAGGAGUUUGCCGGUCUGAUCAGCGACGUCCUGAUCGAUGCCCGUCGCCGUCAGAAUAUGGCCAAUCUGCGUCCGAUCGAUUCGCCUUUGCCGUCGACGUUGCUGCAGCUGCGGAAUACGGUUCGUGAAUCCAACCUCUCGGACGAUGAACCACUGUACGAUGCGGUGGCGUCGGAUGACGAUUACGCCGCUUUGGCACCGGUGGCGCAACAGGCCCUGGUGAACAAAUCACCACCCAGUGUUGUCUCGAAUGUCGAGGUUGAAACCCUCCGGCAGAAGCUGCAGGAUCAGGAAUCGACCAUCCACGAACUGCGCGAACUGAUUCAGAAGCUGGCCAGCGAAAACAAUCAGCUCAAGUCCCAUUUGGACUCGAAGGAGUACGAUGUUCAAUUACGAAUCGACAGUCACUUGAACGGAUCGUCACCCGUUACACCGGAGGAACUGGAACCAGCCACCGACGGCCGACAGUAUUACAAACGCCCGGUGAGUAUGUACGAGGCAAGGCAGCUAACGCGGGACGAAAACCGUCCUCCGAUUACUCAAAGUCUGUACUCGAUGGCACCAUUGGCCGCGAGUAAUGCUGGCACACCGGCCCCCGGAGGUACCAGCAUAAACACCAGUGCCGGCUCGGAUUUGAACACUUCCGGAACCACGUCAGGCGGUGGCAGCCAGGUUCAGUUACCGCUGUUUGAUGAAGUCAAGAAACGAACCGAUUUGGUAGCUAGGCGUAUCAAGGAGCUGUUCGCAGCGAUGCAGGACCUCGCUAAAACGGACGCUUUCGUUCCAUGCGCCGACAGGAUACGAUUGGCCGUGGCCGAACUCAUUGCCAUCUUUCCGGCGACGAUGCGAGAGGAAACUCUUCGCAAUGCACUCAAACAGCUAAAUUACAACACUAAUCUUAUUCAAACCGAGUGCACCCGGCUUCAGCGAUCAUUCAUUGAAGAAGGUAGUCAUCAAACUGUUCUCUCGGAUAGUAUCAAAUUGAACAUGGAACAAGUGCGGAAUUGCGCGUACGAUUUGGCCAUGUCGACCAAGAUAUUGAUCACACAUUUUCAGCAAUCUUGAUACCGAUUACGGUAGAACUAAGAAUGCUAUUUCAUACACAAUGCACCUCCAUCGGUGCCGCGAUAUUCUUGAAGGACCAAUAACCAUGCGUCUCCAUUGAAAGUGUGCUUCCAAUCCACAGUGGUUCAGAAUAAUGAUUUUUUUGAUAGUCGAUCAAAAACUUCUACAACAAAAAUUGAUUUUCAUAUUUUAUUUGUGUGAAAUGAAUAUCAAUUAUCAACAUAAAUCAUCUUUCUGAACACUGUGGAAUUUAUUAUCAGUUCAUGCUAACAAACGUUAUUAACCUAGAGACAAUCAAUCAAGCUCAAACGUUUCCAAAACACAAACAGACAUUUUAUGCAAACAUUACAUACAGUAAUUAUUUUUUAGCAAAAGCAUAACCCAAGUAUUUUACUACGUCACUACUAUAGUUACAUUGGAUAACAGUUUAUUGCCAAAUGUGCCAAAAAAGCGUUUUGUUUUACAACUAAAAAAAGAAGUAUUUCAUCCAUACACUACCAAGCUAACGAUUUUACUGAUGGAGCCUAUUUAAUCGAACUGAUAUAAAAUUUUAGAAAGUGUAACUUAUUUUUAUAGGAUGAAGAAAAAACGUUAGUUUAAUGACACACGCACACAACACAUAUAUUCACAUCUUCUACUAACGACAAUCUACGUAUAUCAUCAUCUCUACACGCCCCAUUUACCCAUAAACUUUUCAUCGUGUGCGGUGAGCUACGUCAUCGAAAUGUGUGAGUAUUUAAAAACGAAAAACAAUUUGCAGUUUAGUCCCAGUUCAAAAUAUAAGACAAUAAACCAUGUUAUAUAUACAAAAACUAAAUAUUAGGUAACAAUAAACUAUGUUACUAGCA